UGAUCAAAGGUGUGACGUCACACCGACUCCUGCUGCACUUCCUGGUUUUUUUCUCUCUGCUCCGAGGAGCCGUGUGUACGAGUGAGGAGGGGAACUGAAACACAGAGUGCUGACCAGAAGAAUAAAUGGAAAUAGUAGACGAAGUGUAUGGGAAAGAAAAUGUGAUGUGCAACUAAGUAGCGAGUCUGAAAUUAAUGAGCCACUUUCGGAAGCAGGCGACACAAUUGCAGUCGCUCUUUGCGGAUUCCGACAGCACGAGCCCAAGCCGAAACCGGUGAAGAAGAGGGGAGAUGUUGUAAAAAAAAAAAAAAACAGCGAAAACAUGGACAGCAGAAUCAAGGAGAAUCCAGAAAGAACCUUUGAUCUUCUGCUGCAGGUGGGGUGUCCAUCAUCUGAAAAUGAAGAUCCAGUGGUGUUGUGGAAGUUCCCGAAGGAGUUCGAAGACCAGGACUUACUGCAAAUGGUGCCAAAGUUCUGCUGCCCUUUUGACAUUGAAAGGGUGUCACAAAACCAGGUUGGACAGCACUUCACAUUUGUGCUUACUGACCUUGACAGCAAACAGAGAUUUGGGUUUUGCCGUUUAACAUCUGGAUGCAAGGUCUGUCUUUGCAUUCUCAGUUAUCUACCAUGGUUUGAGAUUUAUUAUAAGCUCCUAAAUACGAUGGCUGACUACUUGGCAAAAGAGCAGGAAAAUGACUUGAGUGAUAUGUUAAAAUCAUUGUACAGCUAUCCAGUACCAAUGCCAAACACUCCCGUCAAUCUCAGUGUGAAUGAACAAAUUUGUAUUGCCACUGGCCAAAUUAUGACAGAGCAACAAAGCCAGGUGUCGUACUCAUUUUUCAUAGCACCAGAAGUAAACGGACUCCCAACAAUACCAGAAAGUAGAAAUCUUACAGAGUACUUUGUUGCUGUGGAUAUUAACAACAUGUUGCAACUUUAUGCAAGUAUGCUACAUGAACGACGCAUCAUUAUUACCUCAAGCAAGCUUAGCACUUUAACUGCAUGUGUCCACGGUUCUACUUCAAUGCUGUGUCCAAUGUUUUGGCAACAUAUAUACAUCCCAGUGCUCCCACCACACCUUUUGGACUACUGCUGUGCACCUAUGCCAUAUGUAAUUGGAGUCCAUUUAAGUCUAAUUGAGAGGGUUAAAAACAGAGCCCUGGAAGAUGUUGUCAUCUUAAAUGUUGAUACAAAUACAUUGGAAACACCAUUUGAGGACCUACAGAACCUGCCCAGUGACGUUGUCUCUUCUUUGAAGAGUAAACUGAAGAAGCAGUCUACAGCGACAGGCAGUGGAGUGGCCAGAGCCUUCCUCAGGGCCCAAGCAGCCUUAUUUGGAACCUACAGGGAUGCUUUAAGAUACAAGCCUGGACAGCCUAUUACAUUUUGUGAAGAAAGUUUUGUAAAUCAUCGGUCCAGCACAAUGAAGGCAUUCCUUGAAAAGGCUGUCAAUCUUCAGCUUUUCAAACAGUUUAUUGAUGGCCGACUUGCAAAGUUAAAUGCUGGAAGGGGUUUCACAGAUGUUUUUGAAGAGGAAAUCAAUGAGGGGGGAUUUUGUGGAGCAAAUAAUAAAUCUUAUCAACAGUGGCUCCAUACGGUUAAGAAAGGAGGUGCAUUGAUUAACACAGCGGUUACCAAAGCAAGUCCAGCAGUAAAAACGGCAUACAAAUUUGCAAAAAACCAUGCAAAACAAGGAAUAAAAGAAAUGAAGAGCAUGUUAAAGCAGAGGGAAGCUGAUGAUGAGGAUAUGUUUUAUGGGGAUUCUCCGACAAGUACAAAGAGCCUCUCGCCUAAGAGACAGCAAAAAUAUAAAAAGCGCCAUGGGCAAAACACAAGUCUGGGUUGCUCUGACUUUGCUGUAUGUGAUGAUGAGGAUGAAGAACUGGACACUGGAAGCAAGCUGUCUUCUGAAGAUAGUGGCGAAGUCUCUAUAUACAUUGAUGGCAGUGAUGAUUCAUUUGAUUUGGAAUCAAAUACACAGUAUACUGGUGAAAUGGACCUCCUGGGAGAGAUAUUAGAUACCUUGAGUACACAUAGCUCAGACCAGGGCAGACUUUCAGGAGCCAAGAGCUUAGAUUUCUUCAGGUCAAUGGACGACAUUGAUUAUAAAUCUGUGAACAAAUCAAAUACUCCAAGUGAGAGUAAUCUUGCACAAAUUAGUUCUAGCAGUAGUGAACAGACAGGAUGGAAUCUUGGACAGGAUGACAGCAUAAUUCAUGGAAGGCUUCUUCCACCAUCACCACGUAGGCAAAGUUACAAAGGCCUUAAAGAUCUGUCACCUUCCGUCAAGGAAAACUAUAGUCUAAAUCCACAGUCUUCAUACAGAAGUGACUCGCCAAGAAAUGAUAUAGCACGAGCUGCCCGUAGAGAGAAACAGCCAAAAGAAACACUAAAAUACUCGUUGGGGAGUGUUUUGCCAAAAGAUGAUGCUGAAGCAAAAGUACUGGAGACAUCAAUUAGCGUUCCAUGGGAAAAGACCAAUUUUGAUGAAAGUCUGCAGAAAGACAGUGAAGAGAAAGGUCUCCUUGAGGAGAUCGAUUCCACCUAUCGUCAAAGCUCAUACUAUAGCUCAAGGCUCAGAAUUUCAGACCCUAGCAACAGUGCUGCUGAGAAGCCUUGAUGAUCACGCAUUGUAUGCCACAAAGAUUUACUUUUUAAGGGAAAGUUCUCCUAAAUGUUCAAAAAUGCUGCCAAAUUACGUUUUCUUGUGUUCCUCUCUUUGAUCCCCUUUUAAUUAUUCAAAUAAUAGUCACUAGCACUGUUUAUGACCACCUUUUACUAAGUUGAUAUUGACCCAUGUAGUGUCUGCAUAAAGAUUUUUCAGAAGUUUAACAAUUACAUUACAGUAUCUGUUAACAGCCUGCUUAUGCCCUCGUAGGGUUCAAGUGGCCAUCAGAUACAAUUUAGAGUAGAAGUGUAAUGCAACCACUUCCAUGAUUUAAGUAAUAGAUCUUAAAAAUGUUGUCAAAAUUAGGUACAAUAAUUGGAUUUAUAUUAUUUAUUUGUAAAUAUUUUUAAUUUAAGAACAAUCCAAUGCCAUCUUAACACGCUUUUGUUAUGCAAACCUGUUAAAAAAAAAUGCAUUGCACUUUGAAUGUGUAUAUGUUUUUUUUGUUUUUUUUUAGGUGUAUACUUUUUAAAAUAUAUAUUUUGAAUGGUAAAAACAUAUCACUAUUUUUAAAAUCUGCAUAGAUGAGAAAAGGUCUGGAAUUGUUAAGGAUGUUUUAAAUUUUAUAGUAGUUUUAAUUUGAAUACUUAAUAUGCAUUUUCUAAAUGUGAAAUUUAAACUGCCCUUCAGUAUUUCACUUUAUGCAAUUCUGUGUAAUGCCUUAAAAACCAUGAGCCACUAGUAUAAUUUCCUACUGUAUUUCUUAACAUUAUUUCCAUAAUAUAUUUUAAUUAAAUGUGGCAGAACUUUUACAGAUACAAAGAUUUACUACUUACAUAUUAAAGUUACAUGGAAAAUAGCUUAAUGGGAAUUCAGUAGACAAUUCAGUCACACAUAGAAGGGCACCUCAUGUAGUAAGGUACUGUUUCCAAAAAACAUGACUCCCUGAAAUAGGCCUGUUUCAAAAAUAUCAAUUGUCUAUUGCCUUUUGAUAUGCAAGGUUGGGCUUAAUUUGUGUAUAGACUAAAGGGAAAAAGUUAAGAUCUGGCAGAUGUCUCCUCAGGUGUCGUCUGUUGCAGUUUUGUGCUAGGUGGGUUAAUGUGCUGCUUAAGAAUUUCUUACGGAGUAGAUCAACACAGUAGGGCUCAUCCAUAAUAAAACAUCCAUGCACAAUAAUAUUUCUGCAUCCUCUUUUAUUUGUGGGUAAUAGGGUACUGUGAUUAUAAUUUGCAUGAUAUUUUGAAUAAUUAAGCAAUACACAAAAUUAUUAAAUACAUGUAAAUAAAGUCGGCACCUUUUUUAUUUUAUUAAUUUAAGUUCUGACUAUAGAAUGCAGUCUCCUAUGGAGAAUAACCAAGUGCGUAUUACAGUAUUCUCCUUGACAGAAACAGUGACGUGUGUAAAUUGUUUAGUGUCUAUAUAUUUGAAUGCUUACAUUUUGUUUUUCGGGUUCGUCUAAAUUAAUUUACAAUUUAAUAUUUCACUGUUCUCACCACAUCUACCAAAAUAAUUCUUUUUUUCCCAUUUGCUAAGCACACGUGUUAAACUCUUGGGUUUCAUAUUUUUAUGUGUAUUUAAAUAGUUAUUUCACUUUUUGUGUCAAGUUGUAAUGUUUUUAUUUUACAAAACAAACUUUAUGAAGUAGUUUCUUCAUUUAGUUUUUGGUAUUAUACACUUAAUGGAGAACGUUGGUAUUUUUCAAAUCAAAGUUAUUUCUUCACAAAUAAAGGUAUAUAUUCAUUGUUUUCAUAUAUUUAUGUGGGCUUAUUAAUUAUUUUCAAAAUUGAAGCGUUUUUUAUAAACUUUAAAAGUAUGUGUCUGUUCUAAGCAGCUUACAAUGGAGCUCUGUGGAACGCCACAUCCAUAGGUGAUUUAUAAAAAAUAAAAAAGCCUUAAAACUUACCAAAUUCAUCCACUUUGAAGUGGCAAAGUUUUCAGUUUAAGAAAGAGUACCUUCUGCUUUUAUGAGGCAUUCUUGUGAUAACAAAAGGCAACUGACUUUUCUGAAGGUGAGUUUAGUUUUCUUGCUCAGUUGACGUGCUUGCAAAGUCUAUGAAGUUAUAACACCGCAAUGUCACCCAUAACCCCACCAUUGUAGUUAUUUUACAUAGGCCAUGAUGUGAGGUGCACGGCUAGUGGUGGCAAAGCGAAAAGAGUACAUAGGAGAUUCAUUGUACUUUGCAUCCAAAACAAUACAUCUGAAUCAUACUGAUUAAACUCCUUAGAUUUUUUGAAAGAGUCAAGUCACUUGCUGUGUCGUGUCUUACACACACGCGACCAAAAACAAAAAGUGGGUGAUAGAGUAGAUUGAAGCACCACAAACCUGUUCUUGUUUUUUUAAUUAUUAUUUAAUAUUUCAAUGCAUUAUGAGUUACUGUUGCUGAUGAUGUAGUAAUAAAAGAACUGAGCACAAUAUGUUUGAGUGAGUACAUUCAUUGACCAGAUUGCCACUCAAUCUUUAAAUACAGGCAGACUCCAUGUAGAACCUGACGCUGUGAAGCAGGAAUGACAGACCUCUGUGCUUAUGCUAAAACAUCUCUACUCAACUUGCUAAACUCCAGUGUGAUUAAACUUAGGUGGAUUGUCAUUGCUGCCUAAUGUGUGUUUGUGUGUUUUUUCGCCCUGCUUUGGACUGACGCCAUUUCCGGUGAUAGUUCGUCCUUGUGUCCAGUGCUUGCUGAGAUAGACUAUAGCUGCUCUGUGAUCCUGCUGUGGAUUAGAGGGUUAGGAAUACAGUUGGGUGAAUGUGUGUAUAGAUAUAUGCAGGGCUUAAAGUGGGGCAAUACAUGGAUACGCUGUAGCAUCUUUUCUCCAUUGAAGCACUGAAUGACUGUUCAAUUCUCACCUCAUUGCCUGCUACGUGAGCUCAGUAUUCUCUCACUCAAGCACACGCCUGCUUUAUCAGUCCAGCUGUAGAUGGUAUUUUCCAUAUGGCGAAAGAAUAUAUGCAAUCAUAAUUGUGAUUCUUUUUUUUUCUGGUAUUAUUGUGUAACUGUCUACAGAGCAAGAGUACUAUGGAGUGAGAUGAACUGGGAAAUUGACAAAACAGACUCACAGCUGGUCUCAUUUUAAAAUGUUAGAAUCUCACAAAAAUGGUGUACUUUUUUGCUUCCUAAAAUGACAAGAAUGUGCUUCAUUGCAAUAUGGGCGUAAUUUCAAGAUGCAAAUCAAUACUUGAUACCAAAAAAUUAACGUAUUAGGUCAGUUUUAAGGCUUUUUCAAUCACGUAUGGACACUGGGUUCCUAGCUUGAAUAGAAAAAUUAUUUUUUAAAUUUAUAAAAAAAAAAAAAAGUUUUACUUCAGAAAACAACUUCAUGUGUCAAUAAUAUUUUCCAUGAUUAUGAAGAAAUAAAUUUUACUUGGAAAAAUAUUGAACUUAGCUUUUAAUGUUCCUAACUGCAAAUAUUUUUGUUUACCUUUUCCUUAGAAGUUAGGGGUCUGGCAGUCUGGGCGUCCGUACCCAGUCUCAAUAACUCAGGUUCAAGUUCACCAGCAAAAAUGGCCUGAUGGUCAUUGCCAGCUGUAAAUAAGUUCACGGUGCUGGAGACCAGAGUGCCAGUUAAAAUGCCAGUCCUAGUACUUAGUUAUGCUUUGUUGCCCAUGAAUAAGUGGUUGGCUAUUUAGACUGAAUAGAAGGUGUUCUCUCCAAACAAAUGCGCUGGUAUGCCAAAGGUUGCCGGUUCGAAUCCCCGUCACUGCCAAAAAAAGGCCACUGCUCUGCUGGGCCCUUGAGCAAGGCCCUUAACCUGUAAUUGCUCCAGGGGCGCUGUACAAUGGCUGACCCUGCGCUCUGACCCCAAGGGGUAUGCGAAAACUACCAAAUUCCUAAUACAAGAAAUUGUAUAAGGUGAAAUAAAGAACAAAAAAAAAAAAAAAAACUUGUUUAGUUGCUACUUGUAAGUGAAUGACAGUGCUGCUGGUCUGUGGAAUUGCUUGGUCUGCUCGGAAUAAUUCUGAUGAAGAUUAGGAUUUUGAAAUGGGAGUUUCAUGUACAGUGUUGUCUAUGACAAGGUCAUUGAAAAUAUCGAAAAUCAUUUCUUAUUUGUGAAGGGUUUUGCUUUAACCUCACGACUGAUGAUGAUAAGCUGAUGUUUGUUAUUUUGUCUUGUGUUAAAUCUCACAUCAGGGACACGUCAUUCACCCACUACACCAAAAUGCUUUGUCAUCUUUUGUGGAUAAGUUUGUCCAGUAACAGAAUUGUGGCAAUAAGAAGUGUGUCACCCACAUACUCCCACAGGCCUAUUACAAAUGAAUUGCCUUUCAAUGUGGAAUUGGUGUUUACACCAACAUUUUUUAUUAGACUUAAGUGAAAACAUAAUUUGGCAGAGCAUUCAAAAUUAUUUUUAAAAUUGUGAGUAUUCAUGCUCAAUAACUUUAAUAUGCAAUACAAGCAAAUGUUACCGCACUUGUGUCUCUUUGGUCGCUUUUGUCCCAGUCUUGCACAUUUACACACUUAGUGGUUUGUUUUAUCCUUUGGUCCCUUAGUCUUUGUAAUAUUUCUCAGACAUUUUUACAAAAACAUUUGAAGAAGAGCUUUUUUGAAUUUCUGCCCUGUCUUUUUUGUUUUUAAGCCAUUCUGAUAAGACUUUGACCAAUUCAUGAUCUCUUCCAAAAGGCUUUUUAUUUAUGAUAUCUCAGUUCUCUUCUGUAGCCACUUUACCCUAUUUCUUUGUUUAACAUUCUAGUGGGAUCACAUAGAAGCACCUUUUCAAAUAACGCACCUCCAUUCCUCAUAAGGUAGGUGGUGUUCAUUAGUAUACUUGCAACAAAAGUCCUUAUCAGAGAGACCAAAAAAUGGAAAGUCAGUCUCAUCAGACCAUAAAGGCUUCUUUCAUUUGGUCUUGGUUUUGGUUUCUAAUGUUUCAUUUCUAGAAAAACUAUAGUCAAGUCAUUUUUAUUCUGCCAUUUUGUAGUCUGGUCUCUCUUUAGCAAUCAUAAUUAAAGAAAUGAGUGACGGAACCUUCAAAAGGAUUCCUGUCUUCAGGUCAUGUCACGUUGCAUAACUUUUUCAGUGAGUUUCAGAUACACACUUCGUUUAUGUAAUCGUAACAAGUUGGAAACAGUCAUAGCACACUCCUGUGAUUUCAGUCAGGUAUUCUGACAUCCCCAGUGCCCCUGUCCAACCAGCCUCACCCUGACAAAGCUGAACAAGUUUGAAUUUGCUUCUUGCUGUACCUGUAAACCCUUCACACUGGCACCGACUACAUCAGGCAGCAUGUCUCGGGUGACAAGAUCUGCAAUUGCAGACAUCAAAUUUGAUAUCCCUUCUUACUAGUAGUUAUUUAAUGUGACAUUGCUUUUAAUUGCCCAGAAGUGAACUGCAUCCAAUAACUUAUGGCACUUCUAGCAUCAUCUAAUUGGUUAUUAGACCAUUUUUAGAAGUGGCGUGCCUAAAGGUUCUGUCAUUUAAUGUUUACAUAGUUUUUUUCAUGAAGAGCAAUGGCAAACAGAAAUAACUUUUGUGGUGUAGUGUAUACAGCCAAUCCCCUACAGAACUGAAAUGUCAUUAAUCAUGUUUUUAAAUCUCUACAGUUGCAUUAUCAUAUACUUAAUAUUCAUGCCCUAAAAAUUUGGUUGCAUAUUAGGCUCAAUCUUUGAUUAGCUUUAGCCUUUUAAGUGUUACUUUAGUAAUUUCCAAAGUAUUAAGAAUUCUUCUUUGACCAGGACCAUGCCUAAUUUAUCUCAGUUUAUAUUCAGCAUUACCAGUCAUAGCAGAGUUCUUCAACUGGCUGUGCUGUCUUCUUUUGUUGUGUUGUUCUAUGACUGCUAUACCCAGGGUUUUAGAUAGAUAGAUAGAUAGAUAGAUAGAUAGAUAGAUAGAUAGAUAGAUAGAUAGAUAGAUAGAUAGAUAGAUAGAUAGAUAGAUAGAUAGAUAGAUAGAUAGAUAGAUAGAUAGAUAGAUAGAUACUUUAUUAAUCCCAAUGGGAAAUUCACAUAAGUAGGGAACUCCUACUUCAUUACCAUCUGCUGGCUGAAAUUUGAUGGUAUCCUUGCACCAGAAAGCCGACUCAAAGUGUGAGGUAUUUUUAUAGGUGAAAAUCCAGGUAACCGUUGGGUAUGAUUAAUUGUCUUUUUGAGUCCCCAUGCUCAUAAAUGACUGAGGCAGAUGUGGUCGCUUAUUUCAAGUAGAUGCAGCCCACAAGCAUCUUGUUUCUAUUGCUGACUUGCCCAUAAAAUGACAGUUUUUGCAAAGACACCAAUGCACACCAAAGUGAGACUGAGAGUAGAGCAUCUCAGUGACUUCUGCUCAGACUUAUAAUGAGGCUGUAGGAGUUGUGGGCCUCUUUCAGUAUUCUGUGGAUGUGUUCUUCCAGUUGACUGAGAGAAUCAAUAAAGUGAAAUUAUGUGAGAUUCAUGUUAGUUGAAAAAGCAUUUAUUAUCAGGAGAAUAAACAAAUAUUAGUUUGGAAUAUCAAAAGUGAGACUGAAGGGAUAAUUUAGAGCUUUCGGUGCACCCUUAGGAAAGAUCGUUUGCCUCAAGUGGAGCUGACAGACAUUGUCAUGCAGGGUCUGCAGGUCAUCCCUGAAGUUUUCUUUACUUUUGAGUCACCCCUUCACCACCUAUUACUUUACUACAACAUUUAAAACACUUCAUCAGACUAUAAAACCUGUUCAUUUUUAAGUUUCUAAGGCUACAUCCUCACCACUGUGUUUUCAUUUAGAAACACCAUUUUUGAAUGAAAAUGAUUUUUGUCCACACAAAUGGUUUCACAUUGUUUACAAAAGCAUCUCUGCCCACAGUAAAAUGAUGGAAAAAACAUUUAAUGAAAGACAUUCACAUGCACUAUGCACAUGUGAAUUGGCAAAUACAAGACAAAAAGUGUUCUCUGUGAAGGGAUGGAUUUUUUGUGUAACUGUUGCGACAAGGAAAAUAUUUGCCUUUUGUGCAUUUAUGCAGCAUUCAGACUGUACAAAGUAGAAUUUAUAUGAAUACAAGUAAGCAACACGACAGGCGCCUCUGUGUCUACUGUGUUGGAAUAGGGUUUUUUUUUAUUAAGAAUGACCAGUUGGGGAAUGAGACAUUUUAAUGAGCAGAAUCCAGUCAGGGAAGGGCUGCGUAACAAGAAUGAACAAUUCAGAGUGCAAUUAGAUUGAACAUUUUCGAGACUGUUUUCACCCAUCCACAUUACAAAGGCAAAUCUGAGUUUUCAUAAAUAUAUGGCACUGCAAAGCCUUUCUAGAUUUUCCAUCUCAAGGGUUUAAGUCACUGGUGUUGUGUGGACAAAGAGCAAUUAAUGUCUGCAUUUUUAAACAAAUAUUUAGUAGUGCAGCUGUAACCUUAGUUGAGAAAACUGUGACUCACUGUUAAAUUGAUGUAUACAUUCAAUAGAUAUUAAAACGUAACAUUAGCACCUGCUUCUUCACAGAAGUGAUGGAGCCACAGUAGUCAUUUGCCACAAAGAGGUUAUCCGAUCGGGUGACGUUAUUUUUCACAAUUUGCCAGACUUUGGUUAGAAAGUUACCAAACAGCUGAAGAGCAACUUUCCCAUUCUGUAUGUUCAACUGAGAGAAACUAUUGUUAGUGUAGUGUAGGAGUCAAAGUAAGGGUAAAAUAACUGGAAGCAAUGUUCAUGAAGUAAACAGUGUGUCACACCCUGUCAAAAGAACUACCAUUAAUAACAAAGAGCCACAGGAGAUGUCGAUUUCAGUGCUCAAAAUACCUGAAUGAACAAAUCUGCAUAACGACACCAAUAAAAUCAGGGAGAAAGCUGCACAGCACCCACCUUCUGACUCCACAUCUAACUGAAAAACUAAAGGAAGUUCACAUUACUGAUUAAUUGGAGUUGCAAACAAGCCGUGCCAGAAUAGAUGCAGCAUUUUAACACGUAGUAUAUAUGUAGGCAACAAUGCUUAUAUAAACUCUGUUUGCUGUUACUUCAUAUAUUGAUACAACAGUCAAAAUGACAGAAGCAUACUUUAGAAGACGGAAGCUCUUCUAAUAAAUGUGGAGGCCUCAUAGCUGCAGUGGCUUAUGUGUACAUGUGUGACUGUCUCCUUUGUUGCUGUGUCCAUUUCAAGCUUCAGUGACCUUGUUCUACUGAGUGAUUAGAUUGCUGCAGCUUUUUUUAUCUUUUUAUUUCCUCUCAGCUUCAAGUCUUUUGUUUGGUUUGUUUUGCUGUUCCCAUUUAAAGUGCACAGACUGGAGGUGGGUUUUUAGGAAGAGAUUCCUGUGGACAGAGCUAUUCACUACAAACUACAACGGAUUGUUGACUUCUGUUUUCUUUUGAUAAUCAUGAUGGCCCUGUCAGACUAAUAGUUAGGUAAUCAAAGAAAUAUAUUUGAUAUAUACGUUUUUGCAAAGUAAGAAACUUUCAAAAAUUGCAUACUAUAAAAGAAAAAACUUGGUGAUGAAUGGAACUUAAAAGUACACAAAACUCCAGAAAUGACUUGUAAAGUAAAAAAGUGAGUAUAGAGCCACGGGAAGUCAUCUGUCAGCUCUGUUUGAGGUGCAAAUUGUAGAGACUUAAGUGCCCUUUUUAUAUAAAUUGUGUUUUUUGUAUGCAAAACUGUUCAUUAAAUCAAGGGCCUAUGUUUAAGAAUGAAUACAUUCAGCAGCUUCAGUGAUUUUACUCUUAAUUUGAGCAUCAGGUUAAGUUCAUAAUUUUUAUUUUUAGUUGAGAAAGAAUCCUCUUAAGAGUUAAACUCCUUCAUUUUUGGUAUGCGUCACAGUUCGAUUUCUGGUCUUAAAUAGUACUAGGGUGUUGUACCGUGUUAGCCAUUAUGAAUGUAGAGAAAAGCCAAGCAAAAUGACACCUUUUAUUGGCUAACUAAAAAGAUUACAAUAUGCAAGCUUUUGAGGCUAUUCAGGCCCCUUCUUCAGGCAAGAUUGCUGCUGCCUUUACGUACAUUUUACCCAAAAGAGAAUUGAAAUUUGAGAGUAAUUUUAAGUUAUUAUAUAGGUAAGAUAAACAGGCCAGUAGCCAUAAAUGUUUACUAAAUUUAUAUGGCAAAGCUGGAAUUGUGCCUUUUCAAAUAAUUCCAAAUUAUCAAAAGUGUUACAAAACAAAAUGGUUUUUACUGAGCUAAUAUGGAGUAUAUCUUGAGAAGAAUUGCUCUAAUCAAGUAUUUCAAAAGUGUAUUUGUUUAUUGUAAAAUCUAAACUUUCAAAUUGCUAUUAUAAUUUAUAAUGUGUGCCAUUUUAUCCCAAGAUCCUGUACAAAGUGUCACUCAGUCUGUAACCUAUCUGCUGUGGUCAUGUUUGUCAUCUGCACUUCAGUAUUUUUCUUUCAGUUCUUUCUAUGUUGUAAAUCACUAAUUUCCAAUGAUGUGUUUCAUAACUUAAAAGAAUAAAGCAGUGGAUGAUUAGAUACCAA